GUCCCUGUUAAGAGCAUAGGUUGGGGCAAGGAGAGGGACGGAAGCAAUACUGUUACAUUGUUGCCGUACCCGGAUCACUCAGUGGGGCUCUGCCAGGCUGCUGGAUUUGCUGUGGACAAGGAGGAGGUCAAAGGGGGGGACUCAGGAUGGCUCUGGAUGUUGGUGGCAUGGUGGCAGUGGUGGUCUUCUAUGUCCUGAUCCUGGCCAUAGGGAUCUGGGCCUCCAGGAAGUCCAAGAAGGAGGAGGAGAAAUGUGUGGGCAGCAAGAGUGAGGUCAACAUGAUAGGAGGACGCAAUAUCAACGUUUUGGUGGGGGUUUUCACUAUGACAGCGACGUGGGUUGGAGGGGGCUACAUCAUGGGCACUGCAGAGGCUGUCUACUCCCCCUCUCAAGGUCUCAUCUGGGCUUUGGGGCCGCUGGCUUAUCUUAUCACCUUCCUAUUGGCAGGGCUAUUUUUUGCUAAGCCAAUGAGAUCACAGCGCUACGUGACGAUGAUGGACCCGUUUCAGCAUCGCUAUGGAAACUCGAUCACCAUCGCGUUGCUGCUUCCCGCACUGAUUAGUGACGUGCUCUGGGUGGCCUGCAUCCUCAAUGCCCUGGGAGGGACGAUGAGUGUGAUUCUGGGCUUGUCCUCGUACUAUUCCAUUGCUCUGUCUGCAGCAGUAGCCAUCACCUACACACUGAUGGGAGGGCUCUACUCUGUGGCCUACACAGACGUCAUCCAACUCUUCUUCAUGUUCAUCGCUCUGUGGCUCUGCGUUCCCUUUCUGGUUCUCAACCCAGCAUCCUCAGAGGUCACACUCGCAGCCCUUUUCAACCAAUCACAGCAGGCGCCCUUGAUGGGCGAACUGAAGUUGGAAGAUGCUGGGAAAUGGAUAGAUGAGCUGCUUUUAUUGGCAUUGGGAGGCCUGUCCUACCAGGCUCUGUAUCAGCGUAUCCUCUCUGCAGCAUCGUCUACUCAGGCUCAGGUCACCUGCUUCGCUGCAGCCGGAAUAGUCAUCAUCAUGGGAGUACCCUCGGUCAUCAUAGGAGCAGUGGCAGCCUCCACAGACUGGAACCAGACAGGGUACGGCCUGCCCUCUCCGUUUGACCGUGGAGAGGCAGGCAAGGUGCUGCCUCUGGCCCUGCACUACCUCACCCCUCCCUGGGUGUCUGUGGUGGGCAUCGGGGCCGUGGCUGCAGCUGUCAUGUCCUCCAUGGACUCUGUCCUCCUCUCCUCCGCAUCCAUGUUCACUCACAACAUCUACAAGCGCACUCUCAAGGCACAGGCGUCGGACAGGGAGUGUGUGUGGGUGAUCCGUGUCAGUGUGUUGCUGGUGGGUCUGGCUGGUACAGGCCUGGCAUUUGCUGAGGACAGUGUGUUUGCCUUCUGGCUGAUCAGUGGAGACCUCAUCUACUGCGUGGUCUUCCCCCAGCUGAUCUGUGUUCUUCACUGCCGCUGUGCUAAUGGCUACGGUGCUACCGCUGGUUACCUUGUGGCAGUCACUCUGAGGCUGCUAAGUGGAGAGCCUCUCAUCCGGCUUCCAACGGCCCUCCUGUUCCCUGGUUGGAGGGAGGAGGGAGGAGUCAUCCGCCAGUACUUCCCCUUCAGGACUCUGGUGAUGUUGUCGUCUCUUGUGUGUAUCCCCCUAGCCUCCAGCCUGGCCACCCUGGCCUUCAGCCACCGCCUGCUGUCCCGCUCUUGGGACCUGCUGGCUGCACCGGGGGAGGAGGAGAGGGGAAAGGAGGGUGACGAUGGGAAACCUGCUGUCACCGAAAAUCUCCUGGCCAUCUCCAGCACCAGCUGCUAGGAACAGAGGGAGGGAGGGGUACGCUGGGAGUCAAGCAGCAACUUCUCCCCCCUAAGGAUGGGCAGGGGUGUUCGUGUGUUUCUUCACUGUCUAAUCAUGCCAUGGGGUUGUUUAGUGACAGACAUGUAUCUAAAUCUAUCGCUUGACAGUUUCAUUUUAGAGAGACAAAUAACCAUGUUGUUAUAGCAAAAUGCUAUAUAUCCUCCUCACUCUCAGAGAAAGAAGUAGUACUACUAGGUUUUACACAGUUAAAAGUAAUAAAUAAUUACAUUAUUUUUUAUAAAGAACUGUAUAAAUUAUACAAUUGAUACAUCAAUAUUACAUUUUUAAAGUCAUUAAAUACAGUAAUAUGAGAUAGGUUUGUAAAACAUUUACUUUUUAACAUUUUUGUUUAUUAACAGAUGCUCUUAUGCAGAGCGACUUACAGUUAGUGCAUUCAUUUUAAGCUAGCUAGGUGAGACAACCACAUAUCACUGUCAAAUAUGCAGGGUACGAACAUUCCAUUCCAGCUAAACAAUGGUUAUAUAGUGUUUCUGAGAAUUCUAAUAUUUUACACACUUGAAGUUACCCAUGAUGAGCAAUCUUUUCUCAUGAAAAAGCACACAUGAAAAAUAGGUGGAUAUAGCAUUUUGGAAUUAACCUCUUCAAUAACACUGCUUAAGGAGGGAGAAGUAAUUGCUUGGAGGGGCUAAUGAGUACUGAAUAACUGCUCUGUUAUUGUGACUGUUUAAGCGAUCAUUGAGUAUUUGGUAUAGGGUCAAGGGUCAUAGUUAGCUUUAAUCUCUGGAAAGACAUUCAGUUAUAUGUUUUCCUGCAUCUUCAUUGUGUAAUCUCUCUCUGCCAUGACAGGCUACUCUGUCUUGCUUCAGAGUAGCUUAUAGCCAAAAUAUCCCCAUAGAAACGUGGAGGCAAUUAUUCAUUAUAAAGACUUCCUCAUUAUGCUUUC